GGGAGGGGGAGUGGGCGGAGGAGGGGGCUGCCUGAGCCUCUUGUCCGGCCCACCGACAGCAUGAAGCCUUUAGGGGUGCUCAGUGCUUUCAGCUCUUUCCUUGAAACCUCUCAUCCGCCCUCAGUCUGAAGGUAGGGCUAGACGUAGGACGGAUCUCGGGGUCCCAGUCUGCAGGGCCACCCCAGAGGGAGAGGAGGGGGCGAGAGACAGGAAGGAAGCAAAUCAUCAAAUUGGAAAAAAAAAAAAUAAGAGCCCUUUGACUUUUUUUUUUUUAAACCCCCUCUCCCUUCCGGAUGGCUGUGUAGCAAGCGUAGGCGACACCUUGGAAGGGACGAAGCUGGUCUGCAGUGGCAAUUUCGUGGGGUUCACAGUUGUGAGCGCGGGGCUUGGAGAUGGAGCCCUGGUCCAGGUGGAAAACGAAACGGUGGGUCUGGGAUCUCACCAUCUCAACCCUCGCCUUGACCUUCCUCUUCCAAGCCAGAGAGGUCAGAGGAGCUGCUCCAGUUGAUAUACUAAAAGCACUAGAUUUUCACAAUUCUCCAGUGGGAAUAUCUAAAACAACAGGAUUUUGUACAAACAGGAAGAAUUCUAGAGAUUCAGAUAUUGCUUAUAGAGUUACGGACGAAGCACAAAUCAGCGCCCCAACGAAACAGCUAUUUCCAGGUGGAAUUUUUCCCGAAGAUUUUUCAAUACUAUUUACAAUAAAACCCAAAAAAGGAACUCAGUCUUUCCUUUUAUCAAUAUAUAAUGAACAUGGUAUUCAGCAACUUGGUGUUGAGGUUGGGAGAUCACCUGUUUUUCUAUUUGAAGACCACACUGGAAAACCCAGUCCCGAAAAUUAUCCCCUCUUCUCAACAGUUAACAUCGCCGAUGGGAAGUGGCAUCGGGUCGCGAUCAGCGUGGAGAAGAAAACUGUGACAAUGAUUGUUGAUUGUAAGAAGAAAAUCACAAAACCCCUCGAUAGAAGUGAGAGAUCAAUAGUCGAUACCAAUGGAAUCAUGGUGUUCGGAACAAGAAUUUUAGAAACAGAUGUUUUCCAGGGCGAUAUUCAGCAGUUCUUGAUCACUGGUGACCCCAAGGCAGCAUAUGACUAUUGUGACCAUUAUAGUCCAGACUGUGACUCAACAUCCAAGGCUGCCCAAGCUCAGGAGCCGCAGAUAGAUGAGUAUGCACCUGAGGAUAUAAUCGAGUAUGACUAUGAUUAUGGGGAAACAGACUAUAAAGAAAUUGAGAGUAUAACAGAGACACCCACUGUCACUGAAGAAACAGUAGCCCAAACAGAGGCAAAUAUUGUGGAUGAUUUUCAAGACUACAACUAUGGAACAAUGGAAACUUACCAGACACAGUCUCCUAGGCGCUUAUCAGGAUCGAAUGAGCCAAAUCCAGUUGAAGAAGGUUUUACUGAAGAAUAUCUAACUGGAGAGGAUUAUGAUGUCCAGAGAAACAUUUCUGAGGAUAUUCUAUAUGGAAACAAAGGAAUAGACGGCAGGGACUCUGAUCUGCUGGUAGAUGGAGAUUUAGGCGAAUAUGAUUUUUAUGAAUACAAGGAAUAUGAAGAACGGACUACAACGUCCCCUAAUGAAGAAUUUGGCCCAGGUGUUCCAGCAGAAACUGAUUUCACAGAAACAAGCAUAAAUGGCCAUGGUGCAUAUGGAGAGAAAGGGCAGAAGGGGGAACCAGCUGUGGUUGAACCUGGAAUGCUUGUUGAAGGACCACCUGGGCCAGCAGGACCAGCGGGUCUGAUGGGUCCUCCAGGUCAACAAGGCCCUUCUGGGCCCCCCGGUGACCCUGGUGAUCGGGGCCCCCCAGGACGUCCUGGCUUACCAGGCGCUGAUGGUCUACCUGGUCCUCCUGGAACCAUGUUGAUGUUACCAUUCCGCUAUGGGGGCGAUGGCUCCAAAGGACCAACCAUCUCUGCACAGGAAGCUCAGGCUCAGGCGAUUCUUCAGCAGGCUCGGAUUGCUCUAAGAGGCCCACCCGGCCCCAUGGGUCUGACUGGAAGGCCAGGUCCUGUGGGGGGUCCUGGUUCUGCUGGAGCCAAAGGUGAGAGUGGGGACCCAGGUCCUCAGGGCCCUCGAGGUGUCCAAGGUCCACCUGGUCCAACAGGAAAACCUGGAAAGAGGGGCCGUCCAGGUGCAGAUGGAGGACGAGGGAUGCCAGGAGAACCUGGGUCUAAGGGAGACAGAGGAUUUGAUGGACUUCCAGGUCUGCCGGGUGAAAAAGGUCAUAGGGGGGAAAGAGGCCCACAAGGUCCUCCCGGCCUUCCUGGAGAUGAUGGAAUGAGGGGAGAAGAUGGAGAGAUUGGGCCCAGGGGUCUUCCAGGUGAAGCUGGUCCACGAGGCUUGCUGGGACCACGGGGAACUCCAGGACCUCCUGGGCAGCCUGGUAUGGCAGGUAUAGAUGGCCCCCAAGGACCAAAAGGAAACAUGGGUCCUCAAGGGGAGCCUGGACCUCCAGGUCAGCAAGGGAAUCCAGGACCUCAGGGUCUUCCUGGUCCACAAGGCCCUAUUGGCCCUCCUGGUGAAAAAGGACCACAAGGAAAGCCAGGGCUUGCUGGACUUCCCGGUGCUGAUGGGCCUCCUGGUCACCCUGGAAAAGAAGGCCAGUCUGGAGAAAAGGGGGCCUUGGGUCCUCCUGGUCCCCAGGGGCCUAUUGGCUAUCCUGGCCCCCGAGGAGUAAAGGGUGCAGAUGGUGUCAGAGGUCUCAAGGGAUCUAAAGGGGAAAAGGGUGAAGAUGGCUUUCCAGGAUUCAAAGGUGACAUGGGGCUUAAAGGGGACAGAGGUGAGGUGGGCCAAGUUGGCCCAAGAGGAGAAGAUGGCCCUGAGGGCCCCAAAGGCCGAGCAGGCCCAACUGGAGACCCAGGACCCUCUGGCCAAGCAGGAGAGAAGGGGAAACUUGGGGUUCCAGGAUUGCCAGGAUAUCCAGGAAGACAAGGUCCUAAGGGUUCCACUGGAUUUCCUGGAUUUCCAGGUGCCAACGGGGAGAAAGGUGCCCGGGGAGUUGCUGGCAAACCGGGCCCCCGGGGUCAACGUGGUCCAACGGGUCCUCGUGGUUCCAGAGGUGCCAGAGGUCCCACAGGGAAACCAGGGCCGAAGGGUACUUCAGGUGGUGAUGGCCCUCCAGGCCCUCCCGGUGAAAGAGGCCCUCAAGGACCUCAGGGUCCAGUUGGAUUCCCUGGACCGAAAGGCCCUCCUGGCCCUGCUGGGAAGGACGGACUACCAGGACACCCUGGACAGCGUGGAGAGACUGGAUUUCAAGGCAAGACUGGUCCCCCUGGGCCAGGAGGUGUGGUUGGACCUCAGGGACCGACUGGUGAGACAGGUCCAAUUGGUGAACGUGGGCAUCCUGGACCUCCUGGUCCUCCUGGUGAGCAAGGACUUCCUGGUGCUGCAGGGAAAGAAGGUGCAAAGGGUGACCCAGGUCCUCAAGGUAUCUCAGGGAAAGAUGGACCAGCAGGAAUACGUGGUUUCCCAGGUGAAAGAGGCCUUCCUGGAGCCCAGGGCGCACCUGGACUGAAAGGAGGAGAAGGUCCCCAGGGCCCACAGGGUCCAGUUGGCUCUCCGGGAGAGCGAGGCUCUGCAGGCACAGCGGGCCCAAUUGGUUUGCCAGGACGUCCAGGCCCCCAGGGCCCUCCUGGUCCAGCAGGAGAAAAAGGUGCUCCUGGAGAGAAGGGUCCUCAAGGCCCUGCAGGUAGAGAUGGAGUCCAAGGCCCUGUGGGUCUCCCAGGGCCUACUGGGCCUGCUGGCUCUCCUGGUGAGGAUGGAGACAAGGGUGAAAUUGGAGAACCAGGCCAAAAGGGCAGCAAAGGUGACAAGGGCGAAAACGGCCCUCCUGGUCCCCCAGGUCUUCAAGGACCUGUUGGUGCCCCUGGAAUUGCUGGAGGAGAUGGUGAGGCAGGUCCCAGAGGACAGCAGGGAAUGUUUGGACAGAAAGGUGACGAGGGCGCACGAGGCUUCCCAGGACCUCCUGGGCCCAUAGGUCUUCAGGGGUUACCAGGCCCUCCAGGUGAAAAGGGCGAAAAUGGCGAUGUUGGACCCAUGGGUCCACCAGGUCCUCCUGGCCCACGAGGCCCUCAAGGUCCCAAUGGAGCUGAUGGACCACAAGGACCCCCGGGCUCUAUUGGUUCUGUUGGUGGCGUGGGAGACAAGGGUGAACCUGGAGAAGCCGGGAACCCAGGGCCCCCUGGCGAAGCUGGCUCAAGUGGUCCCAAAGGAGAGAGAGGAGAGAAAGGAGAAGCUGGGGCCCCUGGUGCUGCGGGUCCUGCUGGUGCUAAGGGGCCGCCCGGUGAUGAUGGUCCCAAGGGGAACCCGGGGCCUGUUGGUUUUCCUGGAGAUCCUGGCCCACCUGGAGAACCUGGCCCUGCUGGGCAAGAUGGUGUCGGGGGAGACAAGGGUGAAGAUGGAGAUCCAGGGCAACCGGGUCCCCCUGGUCCAUCUGGUGAGGCUGGCCCACCAGGUCCUCCCGGAAAGAGAGGUCCUCCUGGUGCUCCGGGUUCAGAAGGAAGGCAAGGCGAAAAAGGUGCUAAGGGAGAAGCUGGUGCUGAAGGGCCUCCUGGGAAAACUGGCCCUGUUGGACCUCAGGGUCCAUCUGGAAAGCCUGGUCCUGAAGGUCUUCGAGGCAUCCCUGGUCCUGUGGGAGAACAAGGACUCCCUGGUGCUGCUGGCCAAGAUGGGCCACCUGGUCCGCUGGGACCUCCUGGUUUACCUGGUCUCAAAGGUGACCCUGGCUCUAAGGGUGAAAAGGGACAUCCUGGUUUAAUUGGAUUGAUUGGUCCUCCAGGAGAACAAGGGGAAAAAGGUGACAGAGGACUCCCUGGGACUCAAGGUUCUCCAGGAGCCAAAGGGGAUGGGGGCAUCCCAGGUCCUGCUGGUCCCAUAGGGCCUCCUGGUCCUCCAGGAUUACCAGGUCCUGCUGGCCCGAAGGGUAACAAAGGAUCUUCUGGACCUACUGGCCAGAAGGGUGACAGUGGUCUUCCAGGGCCUCCUGGGCCUCCAGGUCCUCCUGGAGAAGUGAUCCAGCCCUUACCUAUCUUGUCACCCAAGAAGACAAGAAGACACACUGAAAGCAUUCAGGCCGAUGCAGGGGAUAAUAUUCUUGAUUAUGCAGAUGGAAUGGAGGAAAUAUUCGGUUCCCUCAAUUCUCUGAAACAAGACAUUGAACACAUGAAGUUUCCCAUGGGCACACAGACUAAUCCAGCACGAACAUGUAAAGACCUGCAACUUAGCCAUCCUGACUUCCCAGAUGGUGAAUAUUGGAUUGAUCCUAACCAAGGUUGUUCAGGAGAUUCCUUCAAAGUUUACUGUAAUUUCACAGCUGGUGGCGAGACGUGCAUCUAUCCAGACAAAAAAUCUGAGGGAGUACGAAUUUCAUCAUGGCCAAAGGAGAAACCAGGAAGUUGGUACAGUGAAUUUAAGAGAGGAAAACUGCUUUCAUAUUUAGAUGUGGAAGGCAAUUCCAUCAAUAUGGUGCAAAUGACAUUCCUGAAACUCCUGACUGCCUCUGCCCGACAAAAUUUCACCUACCAUUGCCAUCAGUCGGCUGCAUGGUAUGAUAUGUCAUCAGCAAGUUAUGACAAAGCACUUCGGUUUUUGGGAUCUAAUGAUGAGGAAAUGUCCUAUGAGAACAACCCACACAUCAAAGCGUUGUAUGACGGCUGUGCGUCCAGAAAAGGCUAUGAAAAGACUGUGAUUGAGAUCAAUACUCCGAAAAUUGAUCAGGUACCCAUCAUUGAUGUAAUGAUCAAUGAUUUUGGUGAUCAGAAUCAGAAGUUUGGAUUUGAAGUUGGUCCAGUUUGCUUUCUUGGCUAAGAUUUGGACGAAGACUCUAUGAAACCAACAGAAGAAGUACCUUGGUACUUGCCGCCAACCCAGUUCAUGCCACAUGCAAGUUUUGAAUGAGGACAGUAGAGAACAUGUGUUUAGGAAGUACGAAUGCCUGCUGGAGGCGCACUCAGAGGAAAGAAGUCCUGAUAGUCAUAACAAUGUAAAAUAGUGUGGCUGAGAUGGCAACGAGGCUGAUUCUUGAUCUCAACCGUCAUCUCUCCUUUUCCUAUUUGAAUUUCUUUGGUGCUGGAGAAAAAAAAGAGAGAGAGAGAAAAAUAUAUAUUCAUAAAAAAAACCAUGGUGCUCAUUCCCACCCAUCAAAGAUAUAGUAAAAGUGUGUUUAAUAAAUUGUAAUUAUUUUAUGUACAGUUCUACACUGUCAUUCAUGUGUCCAUUUCCAAAACUUGCACGUGACUCUGAAUCCCACCUAGCUCUCACUUCAUGACAAUUGUGGAACUGUGGUGACAAUAAAUACAGUGUGACAAAGACUAAAGUUGUAAUUUCUGAUGACUCUAAUUCCCUUCCUUUGAUUAAUAAUAAAAUGCCUUUGUAUAUGUUCAUGUUGAAGAGUUCAGUUAUUUGAUGGCACAAACAAAUUACACUUGGGGCCAAACCCAGACUUUCAGGAGCACACGCCAAUCAAUUCUUUUCAGCUGACAGUAACUUGUUGAAUUUCAGCCAAAAGUCUCAUGCAUUUUAAUGCUUAAUUUGGUGCUAUACCUCAAAUAUUUUCUUCUCAGAACCCAGAUUUCACAGAAUACUUGUAUAUAUGAAAAACAAGAAAGUUUAUAUUUUUGGACAGGAACGUAUGUAUGAAAAACUAUUUUAACGUCCACCCAGUAAAUAACUUUGUGUACAAUUAUUUCUCUACUUAAUAGUCUCUCAUUGUCUUCAGUGUGCUUCAGUAAUGCCAACUAAUAUUAAAGAUGGAAACUAAGCAAAUGUUUAUGAAUUUGUGCAAUGUUAAAUUUUUAAACAAUGAAAUUUUUGAGUCUGAUCUAAAUGGCAUAGUAAUAACAGUCCCAGAUAUAAUUUUAUUUGCCCAACAAAUACAAUUUCUUUCCUCUUAAGAUGAUUAUAUUCCACAUUUGACCAACCUAGUUGCUAAAUAUGGGUGGGCUGCUUUAAAAGUCAUAUUUAUUCAAAACAGUCAAUCCCCCUCCUUUUUCCACUAAGGUAUUUUCUUUUGCAUAGCUUGAAUUAGCAGUAAAAUUUUAAAAUCACCAACUGAACUUUGUAUCUAUUUUAAAUAAUAUAUGUAAGACUUGAAAAUAAAUGUUUUAUUAUAAUUUCUUAUAUGAAGUGUUAAAUUAAUUGAUACCAGAUUCCACUGGAACAUUUAUUAACUGAUAAUUUAUCAAAAAGAACAUAAUCUGUAAUAAUGACAAUUAAAAGUGAACAUUUGUAAUUCAGAAUUUUUUUAUUUCUGAAACCAAGUUUGUAAAUGUCCUUUGGAGGAGGGAGAUAUGAAUUUUAUCAAUAAAUCAAGUCUUGUCUAUCUGGA